GUUUGUGUCAGGCCCCAUCACCAUGGUGCCCAAGUCCGUCAUUCUGACCCCGUGCAGGGUGUGUUUCCGGGUGAGGAGCGGGGGUUAUUAAUCUCUCAACAUUAAAGUCAGCUGCAGUAUGGCGGGCCGCGGAGGGCAAAACCAUGAUGAUGAUUCCUAUGAACUUGUAGAUCUGUUGGAGUAUUCAGGACGACAGGAGUGGUGGGGUCGUAUUUUUGGACAGAGUUCAGGACCAGUUGCAGAGAAAUAUUCAGUCGCUACUCAAUUAAUGAUGGGUGGUGUGACUGGCUGGUGUGCAGGUUUUGUGUUUCAGAAGAUUGGCAAGCUGGCUGCUACAGCUAUUGGUGGUGGGUUCCUUUUGAUGCAGGUUGCAAAUCACAGUGGCUAUAUUAAAGUGGAUUGGAAAAGAGUUGAAAAAGAUGUGAAUAAAGCAAAACGACAAUUGAGAAAGAAAGCAAAUAAAGCUGCUCCUGAAAUCAACACCUUUAUUGAAGAGUCAGCUGAAUUUGUGAAGAAGAAUAUCGUGCUGGCCAGUGGCUUUGUUGGAGGCUUUUUAUUGGGACUGGCUUCUUAAAAGUUCCUGACAACGUACUGACACAAUGACAACCAUGAAGACAAAGCUACAGUUUGGUCCUGAAAAUCCAAAGCAUUGAAUAAAACUAGAACAUCAGUAUCAACAACCCACUAAGAGUCCCAUCAGAGUGUUCAAGGCUACAUUUAAAUAUUAAAAGGACACAAAGAAACAACUAUUUAUCAUGUACUGAUUCAUUGACUCAAUUUAUAUUAUAACUUAUACUGUCAAGGAAGGCUAAUUUCCUCAGUUUUACAGUUUUGUAAAAUUACUCUUGCUAUAUUCAUAUUUAUGCUGUAAAUCUCUUAACUGUAGAGCGAGACACGUAAAUGCUGUAUUUUCUGUUGUACAGACUUAUUAAACAAACUAUUUAAAAUGUAUUAAUGUACAAAGAGGUUAGUAUUGUUUAGCUGUAUUU